GGAGUUGCGUAGCUUGGUCAUUGAGAUGGUCUUGUCUACAGAUAUGUCGGGUCAUUUUCAGCAAAUUAAAACGAUGCGACAUACUCUACAGCAGACAGAGGGGGUAGACAAAGCCAAAGCCAUGUCUUUGAUUCUACAUGCAGCAGACAUAAGCCAUCCAGCAAAAUCCUGGGAACUGCACUACCGGUGGACCAUGGCCCUGAUGGAAGAAUUUUUUCGACAGGGAGACAAGGAGGCUGCUUUAGGUCUUCAGUUUUCCCCACUCUGUGACCGCAAGUCUACUUUGGUAGCUCAGUCCCAAAUAGGUUUCAUUGAUUUCAUAGUAGAACCAACAUUUUCUCUUCUUACGGACUCAAUGGAGAAAAUUGUCAUGCCUCUUAUAGAGGAAGCAUCAAAAUCUGAAAGUCCUGCAUUUGGGACACCUGGCCAAAGUAGUUUGGGAGCAGUAGGCAAUGCUGAAGCACAAAAACGACCCAGUUUUAAAAGUGCAAGUGAUGGAGGGACUCACACUGAAAAUUCUCUAGCAACUGUAGACCUAACGAGCUUUAAGGACAACUUGAUGAAGAUCAUUCAAGCAAACAAAGAAAGAUGGAAAGAAUUAGCAGUAGAAGAAGAACUUGUGAAAAAUGUUGGUGAACAUGAAAAAGACCAAAGCAGAAAUUCCAGAGAUGCACAGUUACAGGAAGAGACAACAAGGAUACAAAAUGAGAGUAGUCAGGGAAGUGAAGGUACAACCUGUCCUCCCAGAUCCAUCGUCCUACAAGUAGUCUCUUUCGACACUCCUCUGAGUGAUGAAUCCAACUCAGAAAAAUGCACUAACUCUGAUCCGAACCAGAAAGAUCUCACCGGUGCCCAGCAAGAAACACAGAAUACAGACCCACUGAAUGGCGAGCCUAAACACUGUAAGAAGUCAGAAGAUAUAGUAAAAGCCACUGAGCAGAAAGAAGCACUGAUACAGAACUAG